UUAAUUGGAAACGAGAGCAGCAACACAGAUGCAGCAGAGCCCAGCAGCAAUUCCGAGGGCUGUGUUGCAGCAGAGCCCAGCAGCAAUUCCGAGGGCAAUUUUGACAGUCAGUGCUGUUCGGCCGGGCGGCGACAGCCGAGUGCGACGCAAAACGUCCAGUUGGAGAUGAAACUUGGGCCGCUCUGGUGGUGACGAGUCGGUGCAGUCGGCCCUAAAUUUGGAACGACAAAUAACACAGAACGCCAUGCCCUUCCCGCUCUCUUUUCCCCUUACUUGUCGUUGAAUAGCUUCAACAAUUCCUUGUCGUUGACAUGCGACUGCUUCAGUGUGGCCUCCAGUGUCGCUGCAAUGUGUGGGCGGGGAGCUGCCGUGUGCAAGCGCACGUGCGCGGUCUUGACAGGCCCAUUGUCUCCGACAGUCGAAAGGAGCCCACCAACCUCUCGGUAGAAACGCCUCACAUCAGUGAGGGCCUUGGCAGCAUCCGUGAUGCCCGCCGACCAAUCGGCCAGCAGCCGUCUCCUGAUGAGCUUCUCGUGGUAGAACCGGAUCGACUCAUCGCACUUCUCCUUCAGACGUAAGUCACCAUGGAAUGUCCCGUGCAGCUGUGCCAUAGCCACUCGGUAUUCCAGCCAGGUGCCGAACAUGGGCGAUGCGUCGAGGAAGGGCAGCUGGCGGCCGUCGUCCAUGGUGAUGCGGGGGAGGGCACUCAUGUGGCGCAGCAGCAGGUGGGCCAGGUAGGUGUUGGCGAGGGCAGGCAGCGCCAAGGCAUCUGGUGCCAGGACGACGGUGCGGCCGCCCACAUUGAGAUGGAUAUCGCCAGCCUUGAGGACUUGCGAGGCUUCAAUGUCAGUAAAGAGAGUGCCGCCGUGCCGGCGGACCGUCUCGUGGAUGGCAUCAAUCGUCGCCUGGAAGUCGCUGCAAUGCGUCUUGACGACGCGACUCGGUGUCCCCUCCUCUGUUGCCGCUGUGCCCUGAGCGCCGUCGAUUUUGUUGUCAUCAGCUUGUGCCUUCGACUGGGGAGUGGCCCUCUCCUCACGGCCCUGCACACGCAUACAUAAGGUCAUUGCUUUCGGAGGUGACCCAAUAUGCACGAGCCGACCUACUCACCUGCUUAUAUAUCUCCUGAACCUUGAGCUGCAGAGCGCAGACGGCCGUCUUGACCUGCUCAAGAGCCCCUCGUUGGUCGCCAGCCUGUAAGAAGGAUACACGUGUGUGCUGCCUGGGUCGUCAUUCAUGAGAUUCCCGUCUGUCUGUCUAUACCGACCUGGUUAUCGAGGAGGGACUGAACGCUGUCCCGCAAGGCGCCCAACUCCUCACGCACCUGACCCAUCUGUAUGCAUGUAGGACACACACACGCAUUGCCCUUCAUGGAUCCGUCAAGCGUGUGCACGUCCGCCGCCCCAGAGUACCUCUGCGUAGGUGGUGGUGAGCGCGGCAUUGAGCGUGGCAUCGAUGGCCUUUAUCUUCUUCUUGAUUGUGGUGAUGCUGUCCGAGAGGGUGACCCUUUCGCGCUUGGCGAUGCCCUCAGACACAUGGGCCACAUACGAACCGACCUGAGCGAUACAUAAACAAACACACACAAAGAGGCAGAUAGGGAUACAAAUGAUGCUGUGUGCGGUUGGGUUCUCUCUGUCAACGAAUCACCUGACCUGCCGGGCGGUGUUUGUGUCCCGAGAAGGGUCUGCACCACACACAGCACACAGGACGAUGCAAUGCACCAAUCCGGCGGCUUGUCAUCUGGCUGCAGAUCUUCAUUCACCUGUGGCGAAACAGCGCACACCCGUCUGCGUGCGGCCAGUCGUCAGCAAGGCAGGACACCAUGCUCCAACGCCUGCAUGCAUGAACCACAGACAUCAUCUGACUCAUCCCAUCUACAGUAUUCCUGUUGUCAUCUUACCAGCGGCAUGGGUGUGCGUUCGGAUGAGAGAUGGGCCAUGCUGCAGCGCUGACAGGCCGCCAACGGCAGACCGCAACAAAGGCUGCUUGAAACGUGACAGCAUCUGUAAAAAGUUCGGCUCU